UUUUUAAUGAUUUUUAAAAAUGUAUAUAUAUUUUUACUCUGGGACAGUGACUACCAAGGAGUCACUUGUUACAGUGUAGCUGUUUCAAUGAGAAACUGGGAAAUGGGUUUAAGUCCUGCAGUGUAGAAAACACUGUCCCUUUCCAUUUACUUUAAUGGAUAGGCAUUCAGUAGCACAUUGGCUUCUUGUAAUCAAUGGUGUUCAGAUCUGCAGCUUAUGUUGAAGGAAAGCAACAGUAUACCACAGACAGAAAUAAAACAGGAAACACUUAGCAGUUUGAGCCAGUCCAGGUUUUGCUAGAGACUGUUUGUUAGAAUGGGUGGGCAGCUGUUGGCCGUGUGCCUAAACUGCUUAUAGUGGGUGGGGUUGCUGAUGGUCGGUCAUGGAUGAGGAGGACAGCCAGGACGAGCUGAUGGCCCGGAACCCCUCCCACAGAAGGAGCAAGCGGCCUGCCUGCAUCGUCUCAGACGAAGAGGAAGACAGUGAUGAAAGUGGGGAGGACUCGGAGGAGGGCGAGACUGAAAGUGGAGACGACGACGACAACGAUGACGAUGAUGAAGGGGAAGAGGAAGAGGAAGAUGAAGAGAACCUGGAUGGAGAGGAUGAUGAUGAGGAAGAUGAAGAGGAGGAAGACAGUGAUGGGGCGGAGCAUGACCCGGGGAAGGCAGAGCUGGAAGGAGCAGUGGGCGGAGCAAUGGGUGGAACCGACCUGUCCUAUCUGAGCUCAGACGAAGAUGCGGAAAAGUGCCCCAUCUGUCUGAACUCCUUCCAUGAGCAGGCAGUGGCCACGCCCGAGAGCUGCGAGCACUACUUCUGUCUGGACUGCAUCCUGGAGUGGUCCAAGAAUGCAAACUCCUGUCCUGUUGACCGGAUUGUCUUCAACAGAAUCUGCCUGAGGAAGCAUCACGGGGGUAAAGUUCAGAAAGUGAUCACCCUGCAGAAGCCAGCGAAGGCCGGUCAAGAGGCGGAGGUGGAGCUGGACCAGACCAACUGCGAGGUGUGCGGCCAGAGCGACCGCGAAGACCGGCUGCUGCUGUGCGACGGCUGCGACGCAGGGUACCACAUGGAGUGCCUGACCCCGCCACUGGAUGCAGUGCCUGUGGAAGAGUGGUUCUGCCCGCGAUGUUCCGCCAACAAUGGCCGCUCAGGUGCGUCUGCCGCGGCGGCGGGUGACGUGAUGCCCACAACCAGCCGCCCCCGGGCCCCUGCGACGGGGCCGACCCGCGCCAUCGCCCGCACGCAGCAGAGCGAGAGGGUCCGAGCCAACGUCAACCGCAACCGGAUCACACAGGCACGCGCUGACCCCGAGGCUCCCAGGUUGUCCACCUGGCUGGAUGACGCCAUCAACGCGGUGGCGGCGGGAUUGAGCACCGCGGUGUACGUGCGUGACCUGACCCCCAGGGCCGGGACCAGCAGGAAGCGCCGCACCGUUAAACGAAGGAAGACGAAGACGCCAAGGGCGAGUGAGAAGACUGGGGCCAAGACGGGGGGGAGGGGCAAGGCGAAAGGGAAGGCCGUUAAGAGACGGCGGCGGCGACGACGGCGAGUCAGGAGGACAAAAUCGCGCAGGAAGCUGGUGGUGAAGGAGCCCACGGCUCGCUCGCGCAUCGCUAAGAGUCUGGGGCUGGGCCGGCCGACCCGCAGCGCCUCCAUCCCGUCGGUGUACCGGCCCUGCGAGCAGACCCUGGGCAGCAUGCGGGCCGACAUCGGCGCCGCCGCCCUGUCCGUGUACGGGGACCCCUUCGACCUGGACCCCUUCCCCGACGAGAACGAGCAGACCUCAGGACCGCCCUCCCCGAUGGCCGUGAAGAGGCAGGGCCUCUCGCGCUCCGCCCUGCGCUCCCACCAGCCCGUGGCUCGGCCAAUCCGGGUGGGCCUCCCCAGGCGGGGCCUCGGUAUCCCCGAGCCGCAGGCGGUUGUGGAGGCGACUCCAGUCCCCGACCUGCUGGGCAGCAUCCUGUCGGGCCAGAGCAUGCUGAUGAUGGACAGCUCAGAUGUGCUCAUCAGCAGAGACGGCUCUCUGAAGGCCAUCAAUCCCGUCAGCGUACCGUCUCCAAAGGCAGCCGCUUCCAGGGUUUCCGCGAGCGCCUGUUCCCCUGCAGCCCAGAUCCACGCGGGAGCUCCUCCUGGCUCUGGAACCAGCGGAUCCAGCGCAGAUCCUGGGCCGUCCCGCGGCCUCCCAGACCGGCCCUCCUCAUUUGCCCGCUCGCUCCCGCCCCUGCCCACUUCCCCCCGGCACCCCAACACACCCAGUGAUGCUCGCCUCCGCCUGUCCGUAGAACCCCUGGGUCUGCCCCCCAGAAUCGGCUCUCCAGAGAGUCGCCUCAACGGCACUUUUAGAGGGAGAGGCCCCACGGCGGUGGCCAUGGCGAUGGAGGCAGGCUCCGUAAGACAGCCCCCGCCCAAACCGGUAUGGGUGGACGUGUCGGCGCUGCCCCGAAUCCCAAAGAUCAGGAGGGCGGCCGAGUCGGACCAGAGCAGAGGCAGCGGCGAUGGGCUCCCCGAUUCCUGUGUGAACAACCUGGCGGGCACCAGGGGGCGCCAGCAAGCCGUGGAUCAGGGGGCCUCCAGGGGCGAGCAGGGGAGAGUGCAGAGACCAGGGCAGGAUGGAGCAGGGACCUCGUCCGCCCUGUCCCACUCCUCCUCUUCCUCUUCCUCCAGCUCCACGACUAACCCCGGCAGCUCCUCGUCCUCCUCCUCUUCCACAGUCAGCUUCCGCAUCAACGCUAGCGGAAACUCCUGGCGCGCCCGGCGCCUGGCUGGAGCAGGGGCGUUCGGCAACCCGCUGGAGCCGGCGAGGGACGAGGCCUGGAAGAGGCGCCUGAAGAGCAAACGGCUGCUGCUGUCUUCAGCACGCUCGCAGAGCAAGGACGGCACCGUCAAGACCGAUAUCUACGACCCCUUCGACCCUACAGGCUCCGACUCAAAUGGAUCCGACAGCGCCUCUGAGGUGGAGAGCGCGGGUGGCGUGACCAAGGUCACCAAGCCAGCGAUAAAGAAAGAGCGACGCUCCGAGCCGGAGUCGCCGUACAGGGGCGGAGAUGCAGAGGGUCCUGGCUGCUGUGUUAAAGAUGAAACUCUGGACGGUGACCCGAUGGAGCUGGAUGGUGACCAGAUGGAUCUAGACGACAGCUCAGAUGCGGAGGGAAUGGAGCAACCGGAACGCCUGGAGGUGAAGAAGGAGCCAGAAGGCUUGAAGGAGGAGGUGCCAGAAAGUGUGGAGGUGAAUGAGGUGGGAGGCAAGGAGGAGGUGCUGGAAGGUGUGGAGGUGAAGGAGGAGCUGGAAUGUGUGAAGCACACAGAGAUGGUGAGGGACGGUGUGCAGAACACAUCCAAGCCUGAGGAUUUGAGCACCCAGCCUACAUCAGAAGCGCGGCCUGACACGGCAGCCAAAGGAACGGACCUGGCAAAUUCUGACAUCAAGCAGAACCUGCAGGCCUCAAAGAGCUCUCUCUUCCGCUCGCGCUCACGGUCCAGUUCUGUCUCCAGCCACCAUGACAAGAAGAAUGUGAACCCUGAGCAGAAACGCUCGUCCAAAAACCAUCACUCAAGGUCCAAGUCUCGGUCGAGGUCUGCCGACAGGAAGCGGGCAUCCGACAGGAGGAAGGAGCGGCGGUCCUCUUCAUGCAGCCCCGACUCCCGGCGCAGGAAGGCUGAGGCGGGAGGCAAGAGCCAGAUAAAGCGUGCCCGACGUUCCCACUCCAAGGAGAGGAGGAGGACGCGAUCCCCGUCAGACAGCUCGCACUCCGACGCCUCCGAGCGGUCUAGGAGGAACAGGAGACGGUCACGGUCUCGAUCGCGAUCGAAAGACAGGAGGCGGUCUCGCUCCAGCAGUGAAGAAUGGUCGAGGAGGAGGAAACACAGGAAGGAGAGUCAUGAGAGGCACACCCACAGAGAGAGCAAGAGGAGUAAAGAGUCGAAGGAUAAGAGACGAGGUCGGUCACGUACCAGAUCGAGGUCCAGGUCACGGUCGAGAUCCAGAUCUCGAUCUAGAUCCAGAGAAAGAAGGAAAGACUGGAAGUGGUCGCAGUCCACUGCCAGGUCAACAGACAGAGGCCGGUCAAGGUCAAAAGAGCGCAGAAGAGGGAGGUCGCGGUCGAGAGAGAGAAGAACUGAAGCUCGUCCAUCGCAAAGCUCUCACUCUGUAGCACUCAGGAGCACUCAGAAAACAAGAUCUUCUGAGUCCGACCCCAAAGACUCCAGGGACUCAAAAGAAGUAAAGAGAGAAAAAAUUGACCGUCUCAGCUCCAUCAAAGUGGAGAGCAAACCCAAAAAGGAACCAGGUGUUAAAGCUGAAAGACCCUUCUCUAUCAGCGCUGUCAAAGAGAGCGACCCAGAAGUAAUUAAAGUGGAAACAACUGUCUCUCUCAGUGCGGUCAAAGAGAGUGACCUUAAUGAAACCAAAGCGAGAAGAUCUGUGUCUCUCAGCUCAAUGAAAGAAGGGAUGGACCCAAAAGAAACUAACAAAAAAAUACCCACCUUGCACAGUGAGGGAGCAGAGAAAGAGGCUAACAAAGAGGACGCUGAAAGUGUCAAGCCCUUUUCUCUUAUUGCGGUCAAAGAGGAGAAUGAGCCUGAAGAGAUCGGUAGCGAAAUGCUCGUACGCUCUGGCUCAGUCAAAAGUGAGUGCAGACUUAAGGACUGUGAGGAGAGACCCACUUCUGUGGGUAAGAAGGAGGAAGGGCCCCUAGCUGCUCCUGAAGAUGAGAGAAAAGAUGAGAAGAGGAACCAGGAAAGAGUGAUUAUGGAAACUGAGGCGAAGACAGAGGACAUUUUGGAGAGCGCUAGCAAAACGGAGCUGGGAUUGCCAGAACCAUCUGCAGAGUCAUCCUGCAAGGUGGUUAAAAGGGAGCCUAGCCCCACUUUGGAGGACUGCCACCAGGGGGUGCUGGGUGGUGGUGCUUCCCUGAAUAUUAUUGCUUUAGAGUGUGAGGAAGGGACAGGGGUCGAGGCCAUACAUCCUUCUAAAACUGACUUGGCCAAACAGGAAAAGGAGGAGCUUUCUACAGAUGAAGACAUCAACGUGGACUUCAUCCUCGACAGCCUGGACUUUGUAAAGAGCAUAAAGGCUGAGUCCACAGGGGAGAGGGAUUUGGCUAAGGGCGUAGCUGUUUUGGAUGCAUCCGUGAUUAAAACGGAUGUGCCUCCAGCAGCGGUCAAGCCUGAAACGGUGCCUGUUCCAGUCGUGGCCAGUGCCAAGCCCAAACCUGCGGGCAAGAGGGUCACCUGGAACCUGCAGGAAGCAGACCAGCCGGCCACCGAGAAAACAGGAAAGUUCUCUCUCCACAAGCUGAAACAGGGUUUAAAAGAAGGACCUCGAAAAUCCGCCAACUCCAGCCUGAUCUCAGAGCAGAAACAGGACUUUGCCCAGCCUGCUGCAGCGGGCGAUCCCUCCCCCCAUGUGACCAAGAAAGGACCCCUGGCAGCGGCGCCCUCUGCUGGACCGUCCGGGUCCCAGGUCUCGACCGGCGUGCAGGACUCCGCAGCACAAGGCUCAAUGAAAGAGGAGAACACCCAGGACUCGUCCAGGAAAGACAAGUACAUGAAGAAGCUGCACAUGCAGGAGAGAGCCGUAGAGGAAGUGAAGCUGGCCAUCAAGCCCUUCUAUCAGAAGAGAACCAUCACCAAAGACGAGUACAAAGACAUCCUGCGCAAAGCCGUGCAGAAGGUGUGCCAUAGUAAAAGCGGGGAGAUCAACCCUGUGAAAGUGGCCAACCUGGUGAAGGCCUACGUGGACAAGUACAAACACGCCCGGAAACACAAGAAGGACGACGGCGGGAAGAGUCAGGACGGCGGGGGGGCCAAGGACCCCGACACCCCCUGAAGGCCGGCCUCCAGCUGUCAGUCCGGGAACCCCACCUUCUCCACUGAUCCCCUGCAAACUGGCUCUCAGCUGUCAAUCAGGGGAAGACCACCCCCCCUAAUUUGGCCCAGAGACUCUCCCCCAUAAAGGCCCGCUGUCAGUUGAGGAAGACUUUUCUCCACUGGUCCAGUGAUACCCUGACGGCUGGCUUUCAUCUGUCAAUCAUGGGAAGGCCACCCCCUCAUUUGGCCCUGAGACUCUGCCUGUCAGCUGUCAAUCAUGGGAAGACCGCCUCCUCUCCAAGAAAGCUCUUUACAGUAUAACUUUAAUAUCAAAUUCUGUCCAAGAGGGCCUGUAGGACACACAAGGGCUUUGAGAAUUCUGCCUCAUUUUUUUUUCUCGUUGUAGAUAUUUUAAAGGAAGAUGAUGACAGCAUUGUUUUCUGGAAUAUUUAAUUUUGCCUACAGGUGCUCUGUGUGGGUCACAUGGUCAUAAAGUAAAACACAGUGAACCAACUGUGAUGGUAUCAGUUA